AUGGAUUACGGGGUCAAAGCGGGCGACAUGCUCAAGUCGAGAUCAUUAUUGGAUUUCAUUCAUCCGGAUGAAUUGUCUCUGGCAAUAACUGAUUUACUCAAUUUCGUUCGAAUCAAGACCUUGGCAGGUGCAGUUACCAGAUGUCGUCUGCGUAAUAUACAGUCGUUAAUCCAUCAAGAACAUACUAGAAACAAUUUCAAGGUGGACAACUUACAGAAUUGGAUCAUCACAGAUGUUGUCAUGUAUACAGCUACCAACAAUUCAAUCUUGACCUUUUUCCAUUCACUACAAUUAGAAAUAGAUAAUACCGCUGCCAACUGCAACAGCUUGUCAAGACAUACCAACCUACUUGAUACACCUAUACCUGCAACUCCAACUGCAACUACAUCUACACCUACUAUCACAACUAAUAAUUCUAUUCUCUCUACAACAACUAAUGCGAACUGCUGCGGAACAGGACAACUGAACCCUGAUGAAUCCAAUAAAAUUUCCAGUAUUCUACAAAAACACUCACUAAUGAAGGACGAACCACUCAGAUUAUUUCAAAUAUAUGAUACGCAAUGUCAACAAUUAUUAAUAUCAUGGCCGAAUACAACUGCUAUGGAAACUGUAAUGGAUCUAACCCGUUCGAUUACUCUGAAGGAGAUGGAUCGAAGGUUGCAAUAUCCUCAAUUGAAAUCAAGCGCAGCAGCGUGUACGCAUCACUCGCAUUCAAGGUCAAACAUGCUAUUGGAAUCAAACAAAAUGUGCCAAGUCGAACGGAUUAUCAUUACAUAUGGUAACUUGACAUUCACCUGCUUCCAGAUCACUGCACUCAAGGCUGAGGAUCGACUAUACUACAGUAGUGAUCAUAGGAGUGGUACCAGUGCUGACAAUAACAGUAAUAGUAACAGCAUACCCAAUCAUGGUGUUCGCAAAUCAAAUUUAAGCAAAAUAUUGAACAGCAUCACUACAAAUGCAACAACAUCUCCAUCUGGUAAAGCAGCUCCGUUAGUGUCAUCACCAAAUCAGCAAAUACAUCCCUAUUCGCAUGAUAUACAGACGAACAAAAAGAGCAAUAGUGUUGAUCAAUCAUCAUUAGUGUCAGCAUCGCCAUUUAUGGAGGCAAUGGCUACAUCCGAGUCUUCUGACAACACAAGAUCCCCAUUGCCCAGGGCUUGGAGAGGUAGAUUUGGCGUCUUUGAAAAGAAAUGUGAAAAUUGUCAGACCAACACAAGUCCAGAAUGGCGCAAAGGACCUGGUGGUCAUAAAACAUUAUGUAAUGCUUGUGGACUUAGAUAUGCUAGACUGGUUGCUAAACAUGAAAAAAGACAGUAUCUGCAACCCAAAGAUGAAGAGCAAACAAUGUUAGUUGGGGCGAGCACCAGUACCACCAAGUUCAAAAGUUACAAAUCAAAGAAAUAA